UGAGCCUUGGCCGGCCACUUGUUGCGUCCUCUAAUGUUUCGAGCUUUUGGCGAAACACGAGAAUGAAGUUAACGCAGGCUAGACCGCGUGAUGGCAACAGAUGACUUUGUCUCGAGCGCAUUGUUCAAUCUUGCGAAAAACCGGCCAUGACUCGGAUAAGUGGCAACCACAGGAAAGCGUAAUUUCAGUUUUGUUUUAGAGCCCUUUUUGUCAUCAGAACUGACAAAGUAGAUUUUUUUUUCUGCCGUGUAUUUUCAGCCAUGGCAGGUGGUUAUGUCCCGUUAAUUGGUUGCCUGGUGUGUCCGAGUCCUUGUUAAGCGGCUGUAGCCUAUGAUGAGGUGUCGCCCUUAGGCAACAUUAUGAUGGGCCAAAGACCUACCUCAGUUUACUGACAGUGUGUGAAGAAGGCCAAAACGAAUGGUUAGGAAAGUAAGUACUAUAAAGACUAAAGAUGAAGGCAUCACCGUGGACUUGGAGCCGUGCUGAGGUAGAACGUAAGCUGUUGGUGGGCGAGUACGAUUCAGUUGCUUUCCAAGAACAGCCGUGCCCUGUGGCUGGCUCUCAGAGUUCCUGUAGCCAAGAACCAUUCAGACUGUUGACUGGUGUUGAAUACGUUGUUGGAAGGAAAAACUGUGGCAUUCUAAUUGAAGGGGAUCAGUCAAUCAGUCGAAAUCAUGCUGUGUUAACUGCUAACUUUUCAGUAACCAUGCCGAGUGAAACAGAUGAAAUUCCUAUAUUGACAAUAAAAGAUAAUUCUAAGUAUGGUACCUUUGUUAAUGAGGAAAAAAUGCAGAAUGGCUUUUCCCAAGCUUUGAAGACCGGGGACAGAGUUACUUUUGGAGUGUUUGAAAGUAAAUUCAGAGUAGAAUAUGAGGCUUUGGUUGCAUGCUCUUCUUGUUUAGAUGCUUCUGGGAAAACUGCUUUAAAUCAAGCUAUAUUGCAACUUGGAGGACUUACUGUAAACAAUUGGACAGAAGAAUGUACUCAUCUUGUCAUGAUAUCAGUCAAAGUUACCAUUAAAACAAUAUGUGCACUCAUUUGUGGACGUCCGAUUGUAAAGCCAGAAUAUUUUACUGAAUUUCUUAAAGCAGUUAAGACCAAUAAACAGCCUCCACAAAUUGAAAGCUUUUACCCACCUAUUGAUGAACCAGUUAUUGGAAAUAAAAACAUUGAUCUGUCAGGACGACAGGAGAGAAAGCAAAUCUUCAAAGGGAAAACAUUUGUAUUUCUAAAUGCCAAACAGCAUAAAAAGUUAAGUUCAGCAGUUAUUUUUGGAGGAGGAGAUGCUAGGUUGAUAUCAGAAGAAAAUGAAGAAGAAGAUAGUUUCUUUUCAGCUCCUGGAAUUUGUGUUGUUGAUGUAGGAGUAACAAAUUCACAAACUCUAAUUCCUGCCUCUCAGAAAACAUGGAUUCACUCAAUUAUGGAUAUGCUCCAAAGGCAGGGUCUUAGACCUAUUCCUGAAGCAGAAAUUGGAUUGGCAGUCAUUUUCAUGACUACAGAGAAUUACUGUGAUCCUCACGGCCAGUCAAGUACAGCAUUGAAGAUGACUCCAGGGCCAAGCUUUUCCCAAGGCUUGUCUGUCAAUGAAAAACUAAUGCUAAGUGCCCCAGUGAACACUACAACAUAUGUAGCUGAUACGGAAUCAGAGCAAGCAGAUACAUGCAUGGAUUUGAGUGAAAGACCUAAAGAAAUCAAAAUCUCCAGAGUGGAACAGAAAUUCAGAACGUCUUCACAAGAAAUAUCCGCUGCGAAGGAACCCCACAAAAUAAGCUCUAAUGAUAAUAAUACAGUAUCAAAUACUCUGGUUAGGAGGAAAAUCCCAACCUAUCAGCUUUCACCAAAUAAAUUCUCAGGUGUAAAUAAAAGUAGAGAUCGGGCUUCUCAGCAGCAGACCAACUCCAUCAAAAACUACUUUCAGCCGUCUACCAAAAAACGGGAAAGAGAUGAAGAAAAUCAAGAAAUUUUUUCACCCAAAUCAGCAAGAAUAGAAAUGUCUUGUUCUCUGUUAGAACAGACACAACCUGCUCCACCCUCAGUAUGGAAAAAUAAGGAACAGUCUCUACUUCAGAGUGAGGUUCUGGAAAAGAAACCAGAUAACUUACUUACAGAUACAGAUUUAAAAUCCACUGUGAAAAGUUCUGCCAAUGAAUCUCUUUCUACAGACAAACUAAGAUCAGAAAAAAGAAAAGAAAUUGAUGAUUUAGCCAUUGAAGAUGAAAUAUUGGAAGAGUUACUCAACACAAAACCAGAGUUAGAAAUUGGAGUGAAAGUUCAAAAACAAGAGGAAGAUGUCAAUAUUAGGAAAAGGCCAAGAUUGGAUAUAGAAACAAAUGGCACUUUUAAUUAUGAUGAAGCAAUACCAGAAAGUAACAGAAUAUCUCAAGAAAAUGAAAUUGGGAAGAAAUGUGAGUUCAAGAAAGAUACACUGUGGUCAACUAAAGAAGAACUAUCUUUACGCUUACUCUGGGAAUAAUUUGAUCAUAUUAUAAUCAUGAUAUACCAAAAAGAGGAUAGAGAAAAGCCUGAGUAUAAUUCCCUGCCUUCUGCAUAAAUGUUUGAUCCUGAACAAGUCACUUCCACAUUUAUGGACCUCAGGUCUUUAUAAAAUCAGGUCAGCACUUUUCCAACAGGGUGAUCAUUUAUAUCAGAUAGAGGAAUGGAUGUGAAUUAUUUCUAAAUGCUAAAACACAUUUACAAAAGUAUUAAGUCAUUGUUAAUUUAUUAGAGUUCCUAAUUACAUUCUGUCACUAAUAGAUGAACCUUGUCUUUUGACUUUCCACUUUUUUUCUUUCUCUCCCUGUUAGCAACUUCCAUUUGAAUAGGCAGUAAAAGAGUAAAAAACUUAGAUGGUCAGCCUUGAGUUGCUCUGACAAUGUUGAUAUGUAACUAGUUGGUUAAUAGAAAAUUACCUAAAGAAUCUCAUCCAGUAACAGGAAGGAAUCUUCAGGCUGAUUUAAUACUGUCAAUCUGCAAUUAAAAAAUGGCUUUCAGUUAAUGAGUAAUGAGUGUGUCCAGAACUAAUAAUUUUUGGAGAUGUGAAAAAUAAUGUUACUGAAAAUCCAAGGAAGCUUAAAUAUAGUAGAUGAGAACUUGUAGAACAGAUUGUUACACUAAUGUUAGUUCAUGGUUUUUAUGAUAAGUAGACAAAACAGAUUCCUUGCUGAGAAAAUAUAUAGAAGAUGAAGUAUUGAGAUGAUAUUCAUUGGAAUAAGCUACUAAAUUAAAAAUGCUAAAUAGUUUUAGUCUUCUGUCAUAGAUGAGUGUAUAGAGUAUUUGAGUAAGUAAUAUUCUGGUUUUGAAGUAGUUAUGAUUUGAUUUCCAAAUACAGAGUUUGGGUGCCAGAAAUAAACCUUUUUUUACUGUUUUUUUUUUCCUCAGGUAUUUGAACUUUUUCUGUAGAUGCCCAAAUAAGUAAUUUUCUUUUCCUUAUCUUUUCUGCUUAU